GGGAGUCGAUCAGCUGAGGCAGACUGCAUAUAAACUGUGGGCACAGCUGCUCCAGAGCAUCGCUUGUUUUCCUCUCACCGUCUGAAGACCUGAAGCUGUCCAGAAGAAUUUACUAAAGUGAUCACAAGGUCUUUCAUCAUGGAUAUAAACAUCAUUAUGCUGAAUGGGACUUCCCGUAAAAUGAUUGUGAACCCACAUGACACAGUGGGCUCUCUGAAGACACGGAUCCAGCAGGAACUAGGAGUUCCCUCUGGUACGCAGAAGCUGGUCUUCAUAAACGGCGUGAACACUCCCCUCAGCGACGACUCGAGGCACGUCAGCGACUACGGUGUUGGUCCCGGAGCCAGCGUAUCCCUGCUGGUGAUCCAGCCUGUGACCGUGCAGGUGUUCCUCAGAAACGAAAAGGGGAAGCUGAGCACCUAUGACAUCACACCCGACGAGACGGUGGACCACUUCAAGAAACGGGUCAAGUCCAGAGAGAGUAUCCCGGAGAGCCAGCAGAGGCUCAUCCACCAGGGCCGAGAGAUGACGGAGCCCGGGUCUAAACUCUCACACUACAACGUCCAAGCGAUGAGCACCAUCGACCUGAAUCUCCGCCUGAGAGGAGGCUGAGGACACUUCUGGUUCAUAUAGAUGAUCUUCUGAACAUUCCUUUAGUAGCUUUAAAUUAAUCAUAUAGAUGCCUUUUUUUAAUUUUUUAUUUAUUUUCAUUUUCAUUUGGAAAAAUCAACACAUUCCUCUGCAUUCUGCUGUAUUCCAUAACAUCUUAAACACUUGUUUAUGCUUAAGCAACAGGCUUUGGUAGUACAAAUAAGUUCCACAAUGCUGCAUUAUGUUAACUGGACUGUUAAAAACAAAUAAAACUUUUCAAAUGUAAA